GCAAUUGACUCAAAGCAAACGAAAAACUGUUUGAAAAGGUUGGCGAAGGUUUUUGAACGCACCUCAGUAGGCUCCCUGAUCACGCGCGCAAUACCUUUGGCAGAGAGAUGAGAAACUGCAUCAGCUGCGUGCUGGAAGGUCAAGAUUGGCUCGAAGUCAUGAUGUCUGAAAAUCCUUUUGCAAUUACUUGCAAGAUAUGCCGUCAAUUCUUCAUAUUAGCGGAGGAAGAAGAAGGCAAUCUCCCACACCUUCUCCAGUGUGGUCAUGUGUAUUGUGCUUCCUGUCUGAACUUGCUGAAGUCACCAUCAAAUACAAUCACGUGCCCGAACUGCAAGUGGGAAACUAGUGUGAACGAAGAUGGAGUUGAUGGACUGCAGGUGGACGGCAAGACCAUUGGCCUCAUUUACACAACCAAAAUUAGGAAGAGCCGAGAAGACAGACAGAAAGCCAUCACUGAAAAGGGCUUAGCUGUCAUUGAAUCGGGACUCAAGGAGAAGGAAGCGGCUCUUAAAAUGGCAGUGGAUGAUGCCCUCACUGAAGCAAUUCAAAAUCAGUGUCAUUUGCAGAGUAUUUAUGAGUCUCUGGUUGAUGGGCUGCAGAUUCAGGUGAGGGCUGAAAAAAAGCGCCUGCUGGCAGAGAUCUCCGAGGUGACUAAGAAAGCCAUCAACCUAGUGCAGAAGAGGAAGAUGGCGUUGGUGUCAGGGUUGGGUGAGCUGGAUCACUUGUUCUCUGAGAGUCGCUGUAUGCUGCAGGAGGUAGAGCAAAAGAAGAAAAGUCUAGAGAAUGCAAUUGCGAAGGCCAGAAACUUAAACUCGCCUGUGCUCGAGGAGUACUGCGAUACUGAACAGGUGCUGGAGGCUCUGCGUGCUCCUCUGGAUGUGCAGGCUUUUGAUCUGAAAUGCCUGACCCAGGACUCAGGACUCCGCUGCAGUCUUGAUGCAGGGAAACUGGAGCAGUCUCUCAGCAUCAGCCAGGGCAGCAUCACCUGUAUGUCUAAGGAGUGUGUGGCUCCAACCUCCAGGAGAUUGUCUGGAAGCUCAGUGGAAUCUCGUCGCAGCCGCUCUCGGCCACAGACCCCCUCACCCCCCUCUGCCUCUGACUGGGUGCAGGAAUACCAGGGGCCUCCACAAGUUCAGUCCAUCUCCAGCCCCAAUAUCAUUAUCGAGGAGAUCAUUGAGGACAGCCCUGCAGUCUCUGUACAGCGAAUCCCAUCCCCGGUACCAAAGCAACAGGAGAGUCAGAAGAAGCGCAAAGGGCGGCCGCUUCUAGAUCUGCCAGUCUACGAAGAGAAAGCGCGCCUGUUCUGGGUAGUUGUGACUCAUGUGGUCAACCCAGCUGAUUUCUACGUGCGCUACGUGUCUGAGCAAAGGGCAGGCGCUCAGCUAAGCAGGAAGAUCAACUCCUUCUGCAUGGGGAGCAAUUGCAUGUUCCUUCCUGAGCAUAUAAUCAGAAAUGGUGACCUGCUGUUUGUACGCUGGAAAGCUGGCGUGUGGUGCAGAACUCAGGUGAUUGAUCUGUACCAGGUGAGGGGUGUGGAGACUGUGAGGCAGUGCGUGGCUGCAGACAUCAGCAAGCUUAAAGUCUUCUUCCUGGACUAUGGCUUUACUAAGGGCAUUACAGUUACAAGUGGUGACGUGCUGUUGGAGCUGAAUGAGUGCCUGAGGAGACCCGAUCGACCCGCUCAAUCUGAGAUGAGCCGCUGGCCUCCACAAGCCAUCAGGUGCUGCCUCAAUGGUAUCGUUCCUGCCCAGUUGAGUGGCUGGAGCAGUGAAAGCUGUAAGGAGAUUAGAAAUGUGACUGGCUCGUCAGCUGUGCGGAUGCAAGUGUAUGGUGAAGACAGAGGGACGCUGCUAGUAGACCUGAAGAAAGCCCCCAUGGACCACACCAACAGCCUCAUGCCCAUCUCACUUAGAGAUCACCUGGUGUUCAUGGAGUUUGCCCGGUUCCGUGGUCCUGUGACUGCUAGUGCUACCAGGUGUAGGCCUCUGCAGUACUACCCUCCUGUUCUGCCUAAACCAAAGACCGAGUUCUACGCCCUCGUUUCUCACAUCAAUACACCCUCUGACUUCUUCAUCCAGCUGACUGAAAACAUGGAGUUUCCCCUCCUGGCGUCGAAGCUGCAGGCGUUUUAUGGGGCAUGCUCGGACGGAAUCUCCCAGCAGCUGCACUGCCCUAUGCAAGAGCAGGCCUGUGUGGCACUCAAUGAGGACAAUGUGUGGUACAGAGCUCUUAUCAUAGGUUUCCAGGGAAUGCUAAUGGCAGAGGUGCAUUUGGUGGAUAUUGGGAGCAAAAGGGUGGUGCCAGUGAGCGAUCUGAGAGUCAUUAAAGAUGACUUCCUGUCCCUGCCCGCCAUGGCUGUAUGGUGUCGUCUGGCAGAUAUAGAGUGUGAUGGAGAUUAUUGGAGUGAUCCAAGUAUUAAGAGGUUCCAGAACUUGGCUGAAAAGAAACUGGUCACUGUUGUGAUACAGAAGUUCUUGUCCUGCCAUGGGCCUUCGCCAGUCUGUCUGUUUGAGGCGGAUGACCAGAGGGAAUCCAGGAGCAUUGCACAUAUUCUUAUUGCCGAAGCAUUAGUCAAGAGUCCGAAGAAUUUGCCCCCCGUAACCCCAGAGGUGUCAGUGUGGGACCCACCCCUCGAGAGUGUGGAGGCAGAGCCCAGCACCAUGGAGUCAGGAGAUUCUAUUCAGCUGAGUCCCACAAUUACUAUCCCAGCCAAUCAGAAGGACAUAAGAGUGAGAGUCACUCAUGUCAUAUCACCAGCUAACAUCUAUGUCCAGCUCGUCCAGUAUGACGGACAGCUCAAGAGGCAGCAGGAACGGCUGCAGCAUGAGUUUGGCACAUCAGCACAGAUGAGUGUGGAUUGGGAGGCGGGGAUGUCUUGUGCUGCCCUCAUCAACACAGUCUGGGAGAGAGGAGAAGUGUCUGGCAUCAUAUCCAGCAACAUGGCAGAGGUUCUGCGUUGUGAUUUUGGGAACAGUGUCAGGGUGUCUGUAGACAACCUCAGGCCCCUCCCUCCUCAGAUGAUUGGCUCAUUUCUUCUUGACUGUUGUCUCAGCGGAAUAAGGCCGGCUGGGGGACUUAAGUGGACAGCAACAUCUUGUGACCUCAUUUCAUUUUACCUGACUGGAGCCAUGGCUCUGAUGACUGUCAAGGAGCCACCUCCUGCUUGUCCAGUUGGAGUGUCUCUGUUCUGCUCCAACCAGGCAGGGCAGAAUGUCAGCAUGGCAGACUUCCUCAUCAGUGAAGGCCUGGCACUUCCGAAGAGGAAAUAUAGGGAGGUAACCUUUGGGGAGCCAAAGCCAAUGGAAGCUCUUCCAGCGUUGGAGGAGACCCACGAUGAGUCUCUCCCAGAGGACUUGAAUACACACACAGAUGAUCACGCCUCAGAGGCACCCCCGAGCACCGAGGCCUACCCUCCUCCUGAACCAGCAGCACAUCUGGGGCACACACGCAUGAGCAUCACCGCAGUAGGGGAGGAUGGAGUCAUCUACGGCAUGACCUCACAAGCAGAGAUUGAGUUUGAGCAUCUGAAGAAGCGUCUGCAGCAGCACAUCAAAGCCACGCCAGUGCUAAAGCAUCACAACUGGCGCGAUGUCCAAGGCUGCAUCAUCAAGGGAACAGAUAUGCUGUGGCAUCGGGGUCGAGUGGUGGAGCUUAUCGGAGGACAAGUCAAGGUGCAGUAUGUGGAUCUGGGUCUGGUCGAGAACAUUCCAGUGUGUCACGUGUAUCCCAUGGUAGUGUGUGAGGACGUGCCCCAGCUGUGUGUGCCCCUCCGACUCCACAAGGGCAAACCGGUGGGAAGGCAUUGGCACCUUGAUGCUGUUGCCCUGAUGAAGGAGCUGGUGCUUGGCAGACGUGUCAAUGUUCAGAUUAUGGAGCUGCCUGCAGAACCACGGGAGUGUGUUCCCAUUGAGAUCCUUUUUGAGGGAAUGACCAUGAGCAGAAUCAUGGCACACCAUCAUCCCGCCUGCAUUAACAUCUCAGCUAUUGACCUUGAGGAGCAGGUGUUCAGUCCACUGGUCGAUCUAGAUGACUGGAACUUGGACACCAAGGGCUUGCUGGACCCCCCUCUAUUGUCAGGGACUUUCGCUGAUCCUCCUCUCCCCAAAGUAGGCCAACGCUUCCCUGUGAAAAUCAAACAUCUGUGCACUCCCAACAAGGUAUACCUGAGUGUACAGGAGAAUGUGAGCCACGAGGAGGGUGAGGCUUCUCUAGAAGAAGUCCUGGAGUGUGUCAAUGCAGAUGUGAAGUCACUGUCUCUCCUCACUGAUUUCCCCAUCGGGGGGGCAUGUCUGGCUGAGUACAGUGAUGGCAGUUUCUACAGAGCUGAGCUGACAGGCUUUGUGUCCAUCAGUCCAGAAAUAAAGAUGCUCAUCAGACACGUGGACUUUGGCUCAGAUGACACUGUGUCCAUACACAAGCUGCGCUGUCUCCCAGAGUGUCUGCUUGAUUUUCCUCGUAAGGCAGUGUGUGUGCGUUUGGGUGGUUUUCAGCCUCCACGUUUGUGUUCUGAGUCCAAGCGCCUCCCUUAUGCUCCUGAGUGGAGUGUGAAAGCGCUGCUAGAGAUGAUGAACCUGUUGCAGCAGAAAGGUGUUUUUCGUGCCUUGAUAACAGCUGCGGGUGAGGAAACCAUUGCCUACCUCUACAGUCCAGAUGGUACUCUGUUGCACAACUCACUGGUGAAGAGAGGCCUCGCCGACUUAGAGUGACCAAGACACCUCCAUAUUGUUUUUUUCUUAGUAAUAACAAUGGUAUUAACAAUCACAAAAGUAUACCAAGUAUGAGCAGAGAACAAGUUUAGUUGUUAGUUGCCAUUUUUGUUUAGUUGUUAGUGUAGUUCUAAUUUAGGGUUUAAUCAGGAAGCUGAAACAAGGAAGCAGCACUGUUGAGUUGAGCUUAAUGCUCGUGAUUUUUCUGUUGUGAAUUAUGCCUUAAGAGUUGUCAGGUUUUGUA